AUGUUAUUUUUGCGUGUUGGAAUUCUUCUGUUCUUCAUAACCUCGGGGGAUGGAUUCGUAAGGAAUUUUAGAAAUUUAGCCAGUGGGGUUGUAUCUGAAAUAUUAAAUAAUGAAACUCCUGGAAGUGAAGUGACAUACUCCUAUGAUGAUAAUGACCCAUAUGGACCUGAAAACUGGGAUCGAAUCGAUAGAACUUGUGAUGGUUUACGUCAAAGUCCUAUUGAUCUUCAAACAGAAAGUGUUUGGAUAAGACGAAGGGAUCGUUUAACAAUAAGCGAACUCACAACAAGGCCAAUUUCAAUUGACUUAACAAAUACAGGGCAUGGUGCACAGAUCGCAUUCAACUUUCCCAAUGCUGGUCAAGCUGUUGUUUCUGGUGGACCCCUUCUUGGUGAAUACAAAAUUGCUCAAGCUCAUUGGCAUUGGGGUGAAACUGAUGGAUCUGGAAGUGAACAUUUACUCAACUCAAAAAGAUAUGCCGCAGAACUCCACGUCGUCACAUACAAUUCAAGAUAUGCAUCGGUUUCAGAUGCAAAAGAUCGAAUUAAAGGACUUGCUGUCUUGGGCUUUUUCUAUGAGCUUGACGAAACUGCAACUUCAGAUUUGUUAAUUACAAAUUGGCUUGCAAACAUCAUUGAAAAUGAUAGUUCUUACACCGAGGCUGUAAACACUUUUACAAUAAAUAAUUUAAUCAAAGAGGCACAAUUUGAUUACUUAAGUUAUCAGGGAUCAUUGACAACUCCAACAUGUGAUGAAACCGUGACGUGGAUGGUUUCAACUAAACCUUUGAAAAUUAAAUCAGCCGAUUUAGCUGAAUUCCGAAAAAUAAAGGACAAGAAGGGAAACUUGGUUCUGCUAGACAUUAUGAAUUUAUUGAACAUGUUUUUGUUAUUACCGUUUACAUUUCUUAUGGAAAUAAAUAUUUUCAAUCUUUUACAAUUUGUAUAA